AAACACAUAUCCAGCUGUCGAUGUCUAACCAUGUAAACAACUUUAUGCUAGAUGAACAGUAUAUAUAUACAUAAAAUAGGGUCCUCUUCUGGAGAUUAUGCCCCAAAACAGAAGCCAAAGUCUAUUUUGAUUGCACAGAAAAUCCACAAAACAAACUAAUACUAGUUCAAACCCACAGCCUCAAAUCACAAAAAAGAAAGAAAAGAAGAAAGGGUCCCCUUUGUACACACACAAAAAAAAAAAAAAAAAAAAAAAACACGCACACAUACAGACAUAGAGGGAGUGAAAUUUUAAGUUGAAGAUGUAUACAUAGAGAAGAGAUUGUUGUUGUUGUGACAUAAAUAAAUCUAAUCAGGGGCGGAGCCAGGUCAGGCUAAGGGGGUUCAUCCCUUCGGCGGAAAAUUGCACUGUUUAUACAUGUAGAUAUCAGCUUGGUGACGAGGAGCAUUUUUAGGCCGUGGUAUUGGUUCUUCUUUCCAGGUUGAACCUGCGACAUGGUGGAAAACCAAUCUUGUUUGAUUCCGAGGGAUUAUCCAAGAGAAAGCAACUGGCCAGCCUGCAUGAAUUACAGUCUUGAUAGGAUUGAAGUUCAGCACGGUAAAAGGCCAUUGGAAAAUAAUCAGGAGAAUGAAGUUGUGCAACGCAAGUUGCCUAAGCUAUCUGAUUCUCUCAAUGGAGAAGUCGCUUUAUCAUCACCAGAUGACCAAGUUGGUAAUAAGCGUCAUGCUGCCGAUAAUUCUGAUUCGAGUUCUCUUAUUCCUGUCAUUGGCCGAGACAACUCCAUUAGCUGUCUCAUUAAUUGCUCCAGGUCUGAUUAUGGUGCUAUUGCAUCUUUAAAUAGUACCUUUCGCUCAUUAAUAAGAAGUGGGGAGCUUUUCCGAUUACGGCGGCAAAACGGUGUGGUCGAGCAUUGGGUUUAUUUUUCUUGCCAGCUAGUUGAAUGGGAAGCUUUUGACCCCACUCGUUCCCGUUGGAUGCAUCUACCACCAAUGAAUUCUAAUGAAUGCUUUGUGUUAUCGGAUAAGGAGUCUUUGGCAGUUGGCACAGAGCUGCUCGUGUUUGGAAAAGAGAUUUUGUCGCAUGUCAUUUAUUGUUACAGUAUACUGACAAACACUUGGUCAUCUGGAAUGCAAAUGAAUGCUCCAAGGUGUUUGUUUGGCUCUGCCAGCCUCGGGGAGAUUGCCAUUCUAGCUGGUGGCUGUGACUCACAGGGCAGAAUCCUAAGCUCAGCGGAACUUUAUAAUUCAGAGACGGGAACGUGGAAGACUUUACCAAGCAUGAACAAGCCGCGUAAGAUGUGUUCUGCGGUAUUCAUGGACAGGAAGUUUUAUGUAAUUGGAGGAAUUGGAGGAACUGACUCAAUUUCACGGUUGACCUGUGGAGAGGAAUAUGAUAUGGAAACAGAAAAAUGGACUGAAAUCCCGAGCAUGUCUCCUGUCCGAGCUGAUGCAGAUACGCCUGCUGCAUCUGAAGCACCUCCUUUGGUGGCAGUUGUAAAUAAUGAUUUGUAUGCUGCCGAUUAUGCUGACAUGGCGGUAAGGAAGUACGACAAGCAAAAUAAAGCAUGGGUUAGCAUAGGAAGAUUGCCUGAAAGAGCAGCUUCCAUGAAUGGUUGGGGUUUGGCUUUUAGAGCUUGUGGUGAUAAGCUAAUUGUAAUCGGAGGGCCUAGAGCUAUGGGCGAAGGCCAUAUCGAAGUGAAUGCGUGGGCUCCAAGAGACGGACCGCCUCAGUGGAACUUGCUUGGACAAAAGCGAUCUGGUAGCUUUGUGUAUAAUUGUGCUGUCAUGGGUUGCUGAGUUUCCAACCCCAUGUGUACUGUACCAGUGUAUUUUGCUAGUAGAUACAGAAAUUGUUUUAUCAGGCAACAAGAUUCUUGCCGAUUGGUAACGUUUUCUCUUUCAAACUCCUCUUUUUUUUAAUCUUUUCAUAGUGGAGGAUUACCAAACAAUACCCAAUAUUCAACAGAAUUAUUUUCUUUAGAAGGUCUUGAGUACAAUUGAAUUAUCUUCUCCCAUUUUCAAUUGCAUAAAAAUCCAAAGGGGGCUAUCAAAAUCGCAGAGGUAAAAUAAUCACUUGAAGAUGGGAGCAAUACAGUGAUAGAUUUUGGUUUUCCUAAAGCUUCUCUGGAAAAAUCUUAGAAGGUUGUCUUUUUUGGUUUUCCUGUGAUCCUUAUUUUUCUUGACAUUGUUGAGGUAGAGAAAUGAGGUCUCUAAUGUACUAAAUACAUUUAUUCUUGUUGACAGACUACAGAUUGAGAUUACUUUUGACAUAAUUGAUAUCUUUAGAAAUUA